AUGUCCUCCCAAAUCCCCACUCUCGACGAAGCCUUCUUCAACGCCUCGUUCGGCAUCACGCGCGCCUGGAUCGAGCGCGUGGCCCACAUGACCUCCUGCAAACCGCCAGCGCACCCAGGCCGCCUCCACCCCUUCCUGGGGCAGGUCAUCGCCGUCCUCCGCGACACCGACGUCGCGCCGGGCUUCGACCCGCCCAAGUCGUACUGCCCGCCGCCCAUCCGCUUCCCGGAGCACGUGCGCUUCAUGACGCCCGAGCAGGUGUUGGCCCGCUGGGGCUGGGAGGAGAGGGAGGCGAGGGAGUCUCCGGAGUAUUACGGGCGUUUGGUUGAGAUGCUCCGCGACAUGCAGGCCGACGAGGCCACUGCCGACCUCGCCUGGGAGCGCCUCGCCCUUCAUGGCUGGGCUACCGAUGCCUACUUCUGGUUCAAUCCCGAUGACGAGGAGGGAGCCAUGAUCGGUACCCCUGCCGACGUCAACCUCUACGACGACGAAGAGGGCCUCAGCAUCGGUGACCCCGCUGACGUCGACCUCCACAACGAAGAAGCCUCCGCCAUCGGCGAUCCUGCCGACGUCGACUGGGAGGACGUACCGAGCGACGACGACGACGGCGACGUCACUAUCGCAGACGACGCCGCGAGCGCCAGCCCCACCCUGCCUAACGGCAUCACCGAAGACGACCUCGAAGGCUUUGACCCCGUCAUCCGCGCCAACAUCCUCCGCCUCGCCGCCGAGGACGCCGAGGAGGACACCUCCGGCAUCGAAGACAUCGACGAGGUCUCCGACUGGGCCGUCCCUCCAGACUCCGACAACGAACCGACUGAAGACGAGAUCCAGGCCUGGGCCACCGCCGCUGCCACCGCUCCCUCCGAGUGGGAGAACUACGAGGAGGAGGAGGGCUGGGAGACCGACGACGGCAACGACGAUGUCGAUGGCGAUGAAGAAGACGACGAGAUUGUCUGGCCCGGCUGGGCCGCGCCGGGCGUUGGCUUCCCGAAUCCGAAUGACCACGCCUUCCCCAUGUACCUCGUGCCGCACGUCAUGCACGAGAACGCUUGGCAUGAGGGCUCGACGCACUACUUCUAUGUGCGGGGACGCCUUGUUUGCUGUGGUUUGUCGGGACCGCCGCGCGGGUUCGAGGGUUGCUCUCAGGGCAGGCGUGAGGCUGGUAACAUGGACGAUAACGAGGAAUAG